GCGGAGCUUAUCACGUCAUCGAUUUUUCCAUGGUUCGAUAUUUUCGGUCGGUGUUGUCUCCAGAAAAAUUGCAAAUUUAAGUGGAAAACCGUGUUUGAUCUCUGCCUGUUUCCGACGAACACUUUCCUGAUAAGUCAACAAAACGGCCAACCGUUAGGAAAAAGCCCCAAAAUGGCAGGAUUGGAUGUACACGACGAUAUGAACUUCUACAUCACCCCGGAAAGCUUCUACAUUGAACCAAAUGGGAAGAGUGAGGUACUAAUCAUCGACCGAGUUAGCCGAAAAUCUUCCCUUCAAGUGAAAACCAAUCAGUUACCGCACGGAAUUCAAAUCCGUAAGAUUUGUGGAAUUUUAGGAGUGAUAAAGCUCAUAUCCGGAUACCAUCUGAUCGUGGUGACGCAUCGGAUAUUCGUUGGGAUAAUCAACUCCCACGUCAUCUGGCGUUUGGCCGGGUUCGAUAUCAUUCCUUUUACGCCUUCGCUGACCCACCUGAGCGAUACCCAGAAGGUCCAGAACGGGGUUUACCUUUCAAUGUUGCGCCAAGUGCUGGACACUCCGUACUACUAUUUCAGCUACACGUACGAUCUGACCCACACCCUGCAACGGCUGUACUCUCUUUCGCCGGAUGUCCUUCAGUUGGGGUUGUUCGAACGGGCCGAGCUGAGAUUCGUUUGGAAUGGAUAUCUGCUGAAGCAAUUCCACCGGACGGAAAUCCGGCAGUAUUGCCUUCCGAUUAUGCUGGGCUUUGUGUCCGUGAAUGAUGUUUCCGUCAAUGGGCACAACUUCCAAUGGAUGCUGAUCUCUCGAAGGUCUGUUUUCCGAGCCGGGACACGUCUUUUCUGUCGAGGUAUCGAUCAAACGGGGAACGUCUCGAAUUACGUGGAGACGGAACAGAUUAUCGACAUCCGCGGGGAUAAGGUGUCGUUUGUUCAAACUCGAGGGAGCAUUCCGCUUUACUGGAGACAGACUCCCAACCUUCGUUACAAACCGCCACCGGAACUAGUUGCCGGAAGGGAUCAUCUGAUAGCAUGCUCCAAGCACUUCGACUCGCAGUUGAUCCAUUACGGUCGUCAAGUGCUAGUCAAUUUGAUCGACCAUCGUGGGGCGGAAGAUGUGCUGGAAAAAGCCUAUGGGACCACCAUCAGUACCUUGGCUAAUCCGAACUUGCGCUACGAGUCGUACGACUUCCACGCUGAAUGCCGGAAGAUGCGCUACGACAAGCUGCACAAUCUGAUCGCCCGAUUGGCUCACGAACAGGACGAGUUUAAUGUGUUCCAUUUGCGACGGGAUGGGACUCUGGUUUCGUCCCAGGAUGGAGUCUUCCGGACCAAUUGCAUCGACUGUCUGGACCGGACCAACGUCGUUCAGAGCAUGCUUGCCAAACGAAGCUUGGAACAGUGCUUGCUACGACUCGGGGUGCUGACCAGUGGCCAAAAGAUCGAUCCAUAUUCCAGCUUCGAGUGGCUUUUCAAAGGAGUUUGGGCUGACAACGCGGAUAUGAUUUCGACUCAGUACUCGGGGACAGGAGCACUCAAAACCGAUUUCACCCGUACCGGCAAACGAACCAAAAUGGGCCUAAUGCGAGAUGGCAUCAACUCGCUGACCCGUUACUACAAGAACAACUUCAACGACGGCUUCCGACAGGAUUCGAUCGAUCUGUUCCUAGGUAACUACGCCAUCCAGGACGGCGAAGGACUAACGGUUCAGUGUCCGCUUGUGAUCCAAAAGGGUUGGCGUUAUGGCACAUUCCCGGUGAUCCUGCUGUUUGCCUUUGCCAUGUUCUUCACCUCGACAGUUUACCCCCAGGAAUAUCGAACCGAAAACCUCCUGUUCAUUCUGUUCUGGGGUUCGAUGGUAGGGGUUACUGGGGCCGGCAUCAUGAAGUACGGUAUCGAGUUCGUCGAUUGGCCCAAGUUGCUGCCGGCUUCCCGCUCCAAGCUGGACGCUUGACAUUGGCGAUAAGCGGUAAGAGGUACGAGAUUGACAGACAUUUUCAUUUAUCCAACCACCUAGCUUCAUUUGUUGGUGAAGGCUAGAAGUACAUUCAACUAAAAGGUGACGUUGCUAUUCCAGGGAAGCAUUCAAAGUUCCAUUUAAGCAUUAUCAACGUGAGUAGAGUAGGUUCAAAUCCCUUUCUUGUUUUUUAAGUUUAAGAGUGUAGAUGUUUCACUUUUUGUUUUGCUGUCUGUACAUAUAGUUAUUUAUGCGGUUGUUGAUAGAAUGAUUCCCCAAAACGACUGGUUCAGGCUUACUCAAAAAAUCUUUUGCUGAAGUGAGAUACCUACACCUGUCUAGAUACAUGAAUUACCCCAUUCGCAUUAAAUUACCUACACAAUCAUUUCAGUCCAGUUUGUUGUGGUGGGUUUUACAUUUAAUGAUAACACUCCAAUAACGGCAAAAUAACAAUCAGAUAUAGACACUAUGGAUUAGAUACUUGUUGGUUCGAAUAAAUUAGCUCACUACUUACGA